AUGUCUCAAUUCAUUCCCAACGUCACGGCGGAGUCUUUGAAAGACAAGGUUGUCUUGGUCACCGGUGGUGCAAAUGGCAUUGGAGCCAAUCUGGUCGAAUAUCUGUGCCAGAACGGGGCCUACGUCUGCUUUGGGGAUAAAGCUGCAGCGGCAGGCAAUGAACUUUCAGCAAAGAUCGUCGCUGCUUCGGCUUCGUCCCCCACGCGCCCACAGGCGAUCUUCUACGAAACAGAUGUCACAGAUUAUAAGUCUGUUCUGGGGCUCUUUGACACAGCUCUUGAAACAUACGGACACAUAGACCAUGUAGUCGCCGCAGCAGGAAUUACUGAGAUUGGAAACUGGUUCGAUCCAGAACUGACGAUGGAGGAUAUUCGCCAGCCCGCUACUACCAAAGUCAUCGACGUCAACCUAAAUGGUGCUCUCUAUACUGCACGAAUUGCCAGUGUAUACCUAAAACAAAACCGCCCUGAGGGAACUGACCGUUCCAUAACUCUUAUAUCGUCAAUUGCUGGAUUUAAAGAAUCUCCAGGUCUAUUCGUCUACCAAGCCUCUAAGCACGGUGUGCUAGGAUUGAUGCGCUCCCUGCGUCUGUACCUUCCCAAAUCGGGCCAUCGUCUUCGCAUCAAUGCCAUUUGCCCCUGGAUGACUCACACGGGUAUGGUUAGCGGAAUUCAGGAUGCCUGGUUCAAGGCCGGCCUGCCGGUUAAUGCUCCCAAGGAUGUGGCUAUGGUUGCUGCAGGACUAAUUGUGGAUGAGAAGCUGAACGGCAAGUCUAUGUAUGUUGAGGGCGGUCGGGCUUGGGAGAUUGAAGAUAAUAUUGACCGGUUAGAGCCUCAAUGGUUGGGGGAGGAGGCUUCAAAGUCCUUGGCUAAAGGGCAAGCGGUUCUAGAGGAUGGAAGCGACUGGAUUAAAUAA